AUGACGACUUUCGCCAAAGCAACGUUCGGUGCUGCCUCCUAUGCCGCCUUUCGCCCAACCUACCCAGAGAGCCUAUACAACGCGGUGAUAGCAUACCAUCGAGGCCCUAAGAAGCUUUGUCUAGAUUUGGGAUGUGGUACGGGUAUAGCAACAAGAGAGAUGGGAAAAAGAUUUGAGACGGCAAUCGGGACAGACCCUUCCGUCGGCAUGGUAAAGCAGGCCAGCCAGAACACCCCGAAAGAGCAGUAUCCCGACAUUGAGUUCCGGCAAGGUGCUGGCGAGAGUACUCCAUCACUCAGUGAUGGCUCGGUGGAUUGUGCGACUGCGGCGCAAUCAUCACACUGGUUCGACUACGCCAAGUUCUGGCCUGAGAUGCGGCGUCUCGUCAGGCCUGGAGGGACAGUUGCUUGCUGGGGAUACAAAGACCACAUCUUCGUGGACUCUCCCGUAGCGAGUAAGAUCUUACUGGACUACCUUUACAACAAAGAUCCGCAUAAGAUGGGUUCGUACUGGGAACCCGGACGUCAGUAUGUGCGAGACAAGCUGCGCAUCCUCCAGCCGCCGGCCGAGGAUUGGGAGGAUGUGCAGCGUUUUGAGUAUGAGCCCGGCACCAGUGGUAGACACUCAGGCGAAGGCACAUUGUUCAUGGAAAAGCGGCUCACUGUUGGCGAAUGCAAGGAGUAUGUGCGAACUUUCAGCUCUUAUGUUGGGUGGAAAGAGAAUCACUCCGAUCAAGAGGCUCGGAUCCGAGGUGGCAGAGGCGAUCUGAUGGAUCAGAUGUUCGAUGAGAUUGCUGAACACGAUCAGCACUAUAAAGACGACCACAGCAUCAUUGACAUCGAGUGGGGUAGUGCGUUGGUGAUGUGCAGGAAGAAGUAA